UAGGUCAAGAAAGCAUUAAUAACAAACAAACAUGAAGCUCUGCUUUUGGUUAAUUUUUAUUAGUAUUUGCCCAUUGGGGGCGUAUUUGGAAAAUGCCAACAGAACUGAAAAACUGAUUAACAUGGUUACCUCAAAUGGAUACCCAAUUGAAACUUACCAAAUAGAAACCGAAGACCACUACAUUCUAACAGCAUUCAGAAUACCACAUGGCCGAAAUACCACAACUUCUAAUAAUCUUCCGAUUAUACUUAACCAUGGACUGUUGGGAUCAGCGGAAAACUAUAUUUGGCUAGGGCCCCAGAGAUCCUUAGCCUACAUUUUGGCUGACAAGGGAUACGAUGUAUGGUUAAUGAAUUGCAGAGGAACAUCUUAUAGUAGAAAACAUAAAAGUCUGAGUCCAGAUGAGAAACAAUUUUGGGAUUUUUCAUUUCACGAAAUAGGCAUGUAUGAUAUACCAGCUGUAAUUGACUAUAUUCUGAAUUCUACACACCAAAGCAGCCUCUAUUAUGUAGGCCAUUCACAAGGAUGUACCUCAGUUUUUGUCAUGGGUUCGGAAAGACCAGAAUAUAAUAAAAAAAUUAGGUUGGCAGUAGCACUGGCUCCAGGGGCAGUAUAUAAAAAUUUUAACGAUCCUUGGGUGUUGUGGUUACUCAAGCAUAUUCCAAUACAGGAAGUAGAGAUAUUAGCGGAUGAACUUCAAUUGUAUCAAAUCCCUCCACCAUCUUUUUCUGAAGAUGAUAUAGCAGAUAUGGCAACAUCGUUCUGUAUAGAAAAUAAGUUUUUAACGAAAUCCUGUAAAAUGCGCAUGGAAACAAUGACCAAAUCGGGGAUGGACAGCAUAGAUGAGGAUGAUAUGCCAUCUAUAUUAAGUACAUUGGUUAACACAAUCUCAGUAAAACAGGGUUUACAUUAUGGUCAGUUGAUCCUAUCAGGAAAUUUCCAAAAUUACGACUAUGGUCCAACGGCAAACCAAGAGAGAUAUAAUUCAACUUCCCCUCCGUUAUACAAUUUUCAAAAUAUAACGUAUGCAACUGCUCUAUUUUCUGGAACAACUGAUCGCACGAUUUCAUUACAGGAUGCCCGACUCUUAGCAAAACAACUGCCAAAUCUAGUAUACUAUUCAUCAGUUCCUUUAGCUCGAUUUAGCCAUAUGGACUUUAUUGUUAGUAAGAACAGUAAACACCUUAUAUAUAAACCAAUUUUGAAACUAUUAGACAAAGUUACCUCAUUUGGCUACCCAUUUGAAACCCACCAACUAGAAACCGAGGAUAAUUAUAUUUUAUCAAUAUUUAGAAUUCCACAUGGUCGAAAUAACUCAAUCUCCAAUAAUGUUCCAAUUUUGCUCAAUCAUGGGAUGUUAGGCUCAUCGGCGAAUUAUAUUUGGCUGGGACCUGAGCGAUCUUUGGCCUUCAUUUUGGCGGACAAGGGAUACGAUGUAUGGUUGAUGAAUUGCAGGGGAACGUCUUAUAGUAGAAAACAUAAAAGUCUCAAUCCAAAGCAAAAAGAAUAUUGGAAUUUUUCCUUUCACGAAAUAGGAGUUUACGAUUUACCUGCUGCAAUUGACUAUAUCCUUAAUACAACCUAUCAAACUAGCCUCUAUUAUGUUGGUCAUUCACAAGGAUGUACCACUGUUUUUGUUAUGGGUUCAGAAAGACCAGAAUAUACUAAUAAAAUAAAACUGGCUGUAGCAUUGGCUCCAGGAGCAAUAUACAAAAAUUUUAAUCAACCAAAUAUCACAUCAUUACUUAGACGUUUUCCGUUGAAGCGAAUAGAGGAACUAGCGGAGUCCCUCCAAUUAUACCAGUUUCCUCCUUUGUAUUUCCCCGAAAAUAUCAUUACAGAUUUGGUAACGAUGUUCUGCAUUGAAAACAAGUUUUUAAUAAAUACAUGUACUUACUGUUUUGAAUCUUUGGCUGGUACGAAGUUAGAUAGGAUAAACAAGACUGAUUUGCCAUCCAUAUUCAGUACAUUGAUCAGCACAAUAUCUUUAAAACAGAUACUUCAUUUUGGUCAGCUUAUAAUAUCUGGAAAUUUUCAGAAAUACGAUUACGGUCGGAAGAUAAACCAACAAAAAUAUAAUGAUACUUCUCCUCCGUUAUAUAACAUACGAAACAUUAAAUACCCAGUUGCUAUAUUUUCAGGAAAAUCUGAUGAUAUAGUUGCACCAGAGGAUGUUAGACUUUUGGCAAAGAGAUUGCCAAAUGUGGUUUACUAUUCCACCGUGCCCUUGCCUGAUUUCACGCACGUUGAUUUUGUUUUGAGAAAAAAUACAAAUAGUUUUGUCUACAAACCAAUUUUAAAACUACUGGAACAAUUUAGAAAUAAAUGAAUAUUGAUUAUUUA